UUUGGUUUCUUAGCAACCAGAGUGUAAACAAGAAGUAGCGUAGUUUGAGGCGUCUUACGGGGGAUCCGUUUCGAAAACCGUUUUCCGGUCGCGAUGUUUAACGUCGAAUCGGCCGCGGACCGCGUCGCGAGGAUGAAUCUGCAAACGCGUCGCGACAGAGAGACCGAAAGACGGGAGAGGAUUUUUAACGACAAAGUGCGGACGAUCGGGGUUGACAAGGAAGCCUUAAACGACCAGAUGAAAGAGAAAGAGAAACGACAAGAUGCAGCAAAACAGGAGAAACACGCUGGUGAUGCUGCUCUGCUCCAUCACAGGAAGGUGGCGGCCCUCCUCCACGGCAGAGAGCUAAAGGAGAGGCGCGCGAUGGAGAAGGCCAUUGUCGACUACCGACGGCAGUACCAGCAGCCUCUGCGCCAGCGGGGUUUUGACCCGGAGGAUGCCCAGAUGAUGCUCCCCGGCCUGGUGGGCGAGGAGCCCGACGGUGGGAGCAGGCGAAGCAGGCAGAAGGAGCAGCUCAGAGAGUGGCUCCUUCAGCAGCAGAGGGAGCGAACGGCGGAGAGGCAUCAACAGAAACUGGACGAGCGCCACUAUGGCCAAGGCAGAGAAGACAUGGACAACAAAGCUCUGCAGCUCCAAAGCAUCGAGAUGGAGCGGAGAAAAGCAGCACUCGUUGCCACUACGGAGUACAACCGGGCCAUGAUUGAAGACAAGUGCUGCAAGCAGGGACAACAUGAUGACGUGGGUACCGCGAACCAUCUGCGAGGAGAUCUGACAGGUGGAGGCGCCGAACCCCCCGAGGGCAGAGUGCCGGUGCCUGUUUGGGGUUCUAGCGGUGAUAAGAGAGCACCUCCGCAGAGCCUGCUGGAGACCAUCCAGUUCCAGAAAUAUCAGAUAGAGGAGAAAAGGACGGCCGUGGAAAGAGAAAAGCGAGAGGAGGAGCAGCACGACCGUGUGCGUUUGGACUCGGGCCGUGCGGCUCUGUUACUGGAGAGGCGGCAAACCAAACUGAACAAGCAGCUGAGACGACAGCUGGACAGCACCAAUGUCCGGCUGGCGGAAACGCGCAGACAACAGUCGGUUAUUCACUCGUAUACGCGCACGGUGGAUUUAAGCGACAAAAACUGUGUCUCACUCAGUGUGUGUGUGAACUGCUGUUGGUUUUAGGAACCCGGACAUGAAAAGAGGAUCCAUUGACGACAGCUUCUUCUCCCAAUUCAACACCUGCAGCAGAUGAUGGAUGGCUGAGUAUUGAUAAUGGUGCAAACCACAUGGAAUAAAGUGGCCGUACAUCCGCAGUUGUUUUUUAGAUCGUGUCAAAUGUAUUAUUUCAGAAGUUUAAGACAUUGUGAACAUCAUCUAGAUGUAUUUCAGUCAGUUGUUUGGACACAAAAUACAGCCUAAAUACAUAAAACACUUUCUUUGACAUAAAUCACAUCCAUAUAUCCACACCAGCUAAAAAUGAAUGAAUUACGUUACAUACAGUUAGGACACACUUUGUCAUUUAAUUGAAGUAGUGGUAGUGUACAUGUAAAGGAAAUUAGGUGAAAACGAUAUUCUGGUUUAAAAUAGUGGUUCUCAAACUUUCUUUCACGACCCACUUUGGAAGAAAAAUGUCCUUGCUCCACCGCCUCAACAGAAUUGUACAUUCUGUGCUUUUUCAAAUAAUUGAAUAAACAAAAUAAUGUUCAAGUAAACAAAAUUGUUCCAUCAGACACAACAAAUGAAAUGUACAAGCAUCUUGUUAGUACAACGCAAAUAAUGUUCUAUCUGUGCAAAGAAUAACAAAUAUUUGGUAGAAAAUAGUUAUUUGUGGCCGUAAUUAACCUGUUUUGCAAGAGCAAGAUCUAAAUAACGUUUGACAAAAAAAAAAAAAUUCAGAUUUUCCCAAUGCGUUCCACCUGUAAUACAACUGCUCAUAUGUCGUUCAAGUAAUUCCCCUUAAAUUGUAUGUGGCAAAAUCCCCUGUGAUCAUCAAAAAUCCAAAAUCAAGAAUCCCUUUUUCCUCAUUCAUCCCAGUGCUUUUCCCCCAGACCAGCUUUGUCGACAAACCUGCCAUCCUGUGGAGCAGUUUUCCACAUUUGGCUUAUUAUCAUUGAAAAUGCACUUGUGCUUUUAAGGUUUCUCAAAAAAAAAAAAA